UGACAGACACAGACAUCCUCAACCUUUUACCAAAGAUAGAAAUUUAGAAACGCACCUAAAGCACGUACAGCGAGGGAAAAGGAAAAAAGAAAUAAAUACAGAGAGAGAGUGUUUUUUUUCGUGUCUGUGUUUUGUGUGUGAGAGAAAAACCAUAUAUACACAGAUAAACAGAGAGAGAGAGAGAGAUAGAGAGAGGGUGGCCGUUGAAACGGUCACCUCCACCCUUAUGUCUGGUUGGCGACCAACGUGAUCAAGAUCAUUCCCCUUUCAACCCAAUAGAAAAUUCUACCCCUAUACUUCCCAAUUCUCUCCAUUUUUUGGGGGAAAAAGAAAACAAGAUAAAACAAAUCCCAGAAAAUCUACCAUUUUUUUUCCCUCAAUCCCCAUUCCCCAAGCGGCGGUGUUUGUCUUGUGUAGAAGGUAAUUCAUUCCAUUCCUUCUCUACCCAUUUCCUCAUUUGUCCUAAUUUUACGAUCUUUCUUUUGUUUUUUUUGAGCUAUAAAGGCCAUUUGGCUUUUCGGAGAGUUUUUGUAUUCAAAGAGCUAGAUUUAUUGUUAUACUACAGCACACAUGCAGCACAAUCUAUUCACCACAAUGCGUAGUUUGAAGAUCAUGGAUGGGUGUAAAGGCACUCAGGUCUACGCUUUUAACCCAUCCGGGCCUAACACUGGUGGUGGUGGCGGCGGUGGCGUGGGCGACAAGCUUUUAAACCACCUCCAGGAUCAUCUCAGGGUCAAUUCGAUUCGAUCCAAAUUGAAUCGGGGUUUCCAAGCUCCUCCUAACACAGCCCCGAAUGUUGUACCUGAGAAUCUUCUACCACACGGACUCCCCAAGACCGAUCUCCUUGAGCCACGGAUUGAACCGUGCCUUAAAUCUGUUGAUUUCGCUGAAACCUUAGCUGAUGUGUAUCGCAGGAUUGAGAAUUGUUCUCAGUUUGAGAAAUAUAAGGUGUAUCUUGAACAAUGUGUGAUUUUCCGGGGGCUAUCCGAUCCCAAAUUGUUCCGGCGGAGCCUUAGGUCCGCUAGACAGCAUGCUGUUGAUGUGCAUAUGAAAGUUGUCCUCGCCGCAUGGUUGCGGUUUGAGAGGAGGGAGGAUGAGCUUAUUGGAUAUUCAGCAAUGGAUUGCUGUGGACGGAAUCUUGAGUGUCCUAAGGCUAGUUUGGUAUCCGGGUACGACCCUGAAUCAAUAUAUGAUUCUUGUUCAUGUUCUCGGACCCCUAGGGAGGAAGUUGAUGAUGAAAUCUUAAUGGGGCAUGAGGAAUGUUCGACUUCGGAGGAGGAUGGUGAUAUGUCUUUUUGCAUUGGGGAUGAAGAAGUUAGGUGUGUACGAUACAAUAUUGCAUCACUUUCAAGACCGUUUAAAGCAAUGUUGUAUGGUGGCUUCAAGGAGUCACGAAGGGAGAAAAUAAACUUUUCACAGAAUGGGAUUUCUGCAGAGGGAAUGAGAGCUGUGGUGAUAUUUAGCAGGAUAAAAAGAGUAGGUUCUUUUGAUCCACAUACCGUGUUGGAGCUACUCUCUUUGGCAAACAAGUUUUGUUGCGAGGAGAUGAAGUCCGCUUGUGAUGCUCAUUUAGCAUCUCUGAUCUGUGACAUGGAGGACGCAAUGUUACUAAUUGAGUAUGGGUUGGAGGAAACUGCAUAUCUUCUAGUGGCAGCUUGCUUGCAGGUGUUCUUGAGAGAGCUCCCAAGUUCCAUCCACACUCCCAAUGUGAUGAGAAUUUUUUGUAGUUCAGAGGCUAGGGAAAGAUUGGCUAUGGUUGGGCAUGCUUCUUUUGCUUUGUACUAUUUCUUGAGUCAGAUUGCCUUGGAUGAAGACAUGAAAUCAAACACUACAGUGAUGCUGCUGGAGAGGUUGCAGGAGUGUGCAGUUGAAAGUUGGCAGAAGCAACUUGCAUCUCACCAGUUGGGUGUUGUCAUGCUUGAGAGGAAAGAAUAUAAAGAUGCACAGCAUUGGUUCGAGGCUGCAGUUGAGGUGGGCCAUGUUUAUUCAUUAGUGGGCAUUGCAAGGGCCAAGUUUAAGCGUGGGCAUAAGUAUUCAGCGUACAAGCAGAUGAAUUCUCUCAUUUCAGAUUAUUCCCCAGCUGGCUGGAUGUAUCAGGAGCGAUCUAUGUAUUGUUGUGGGAAGGAGAAGAUGAUGGAUUUGAAAACUGCAACUGAUUUGGAUCCAACUCUCUCUUAUCCAUACAAGUACCGAGCUGUUUCACUAGUGGAGGAGAACCAGCUUGGGGCGGCAAUAUCAGAACUUAAUAAAAUAAUUGGAUUCAAAGUUUCACCUGACUGCCUCGAACUGCGUGCAUGGUUUUCCAUUGUUCUAGAAGAUUACGAAGGAGCUCUAAGAGACGUCCGGGCACUAUUGACGUUGGACCCAAAUUAUAUGAUGUUUGAUGGGAAAAUGCAUGGCGACUACUUAGUUGAGCUCCUCCGCCCUCAUGUUCAGCAGUGGAGUCAGGCUGAUUGUUGGAUGCAAUUGUAUGAUCGAUGGUCCUCUGUUGAUGAUAUUGGAUCUCUAGCUGUUGUACACCAUAUGUUGGCAAAUGACCCAGGGAAGAGUCUCCUACGCUUUCGGCAGUCUCUUCUUCUGUUGCGGUUAAAUUGCCAAAAGGCAGCUAUGCGUAGCCUCCGGUUGGCUAGAAAUUACUCAACUUCUGAGCAUGAACGUCUUGUUUAUGAAGGGUGGAUUUUGUAUGAUACUGGCCAUCGUGAAGAAGCAUUAGCAAGGGCUGAGGAAUCCAUUUCUAUACAGAGAUCAUUUGAAGCUUUCUUCCUUAAAGCAUAUGCUUUAGCAGACUCUAGUCUCAAUCUUGAGUCUUCAAUGUAUGUGAUCCAGCUUUUGGAGGAAGCCCUUAGAUGCCCCUCAGAUGGCCUUCGGAAAGGACAAGCAUUGAAUAAUCUAGGAAGUGUCUAUGUAGACUGUGAUAAGCUGGAUCUUGCUGCUGACUGCUACACGAGUGCACUCAAUAUCAAGCAUACACGAGCACAUCAGGGUUUGGCACGUGUAUAUCAUCUUAAAAAUCAACGCAAAGCUGCAUAUGAUGAGAUGACAAGGCUCAUAGAGAAGGCCCAGAACAACGCAUCGGCUUAUGAGAAACGUUCGGAAUACUGUGACCGUGACAUGGCAAAAAGUGAUCUUAUUAUGGCAACACAGUUAGAUCCCCUGAGGACAUACCCUUACAGAUAUAGGGCAGCGGUUUUAAUGGAUGACCACAAAGAAAACGAAGCCAUAACAGAGCUUACAAGGGCCAUAGCUUUCAAGCUGGACGUGCAGCUGCUACAUCUUCGAGCGGCAUUUCAUGAAUCAAUGGGGGAUUAUAUCUCCACCACUCGGGAUUGUGAAGCAGCUCUCUGUCUUGAUCCCAGCCAUGCUGAUACUCUUGAGCUCUAUAAGAAACCAAGGGAGCAAAUUAAUGAACAACAAAAUUGAAGAUCAGAAAUCCCUAUUUGUGUUAAUUUUAUUCAAUAUUUAUGGGGACAAUCCUAGUGCUGCCGCUGGCUCUUUUCUAAUACAUGGCCACUACUGUGUCAGCACAAGAUGCUUGUUUUUUGGAUUAGUCUCUAGAAACUUUUGAAUACCAGACUUGGCCUGGCCAUUGGUAGAGAAGGAGAAUUUUGUUUUGAAAAGAAAGGGAAAGUACAGGGGCAAGAUACUAUGUAAAUAUGUCAACUGCGCUAGCUGCUGCUGCUACUGACUAUACUACUUGUGGUUGAGGCGGUUGUGAAAUUAGCCACAAUGGUUGCGAAGCAUGUACAUGAAAUGGCAACUUGUGGUUUAA